AUGUCAAGUGACAAUACACAACUUAAUAGCUCAACUACUGGUCCAAUAGCAACUACAAUUAUUGAGAAAUUGAAUACUGAACUUCCAAAUAUCGAACAUUUUGAAAUAUAUAAUGACUCUUAUAAACACUCUGGGCAUCAUGGCAUUAGUGAGUCCAGUAAUAGAACUGAGUCACACUUUAGAUUGGUUAUAGUGAGCGAUAUUUUUGAAAAAUUGUCGCAGCCAAAGAGACACAGACUUAUAUAUAAAAUAUUACAAGAUGAGUUGAAUGGUUCGGUUCAUGCAUUACAAUUGAAAACUAAAACACCAGAAGAAUAUAAUAAAUAG